GACGAGGCAGCAGAAGGUCAAGGAUGGCUCGAAGGAGACGAGGCCGAGGAAGCAACAUCCAGCAGCCGCAGGGCCCACAGAGCCAAAGACGAGGCCCGGGCAGGGCUCUGCGGGAGCCGGCUGCUUUUGCCAAGUCUACAGGCUGUGAAACAGAAAUCCCGCACGAAAAGUUGACCAUUGCCCAAGCACAGAGGGGCACGCCAGCUAAUCGUCCAGUGCGGGUCUACGCUGAUGGAAUCUUUGAUCUUUUCCAUUCGGGGCAUGCCCGAGCCCUGAUGCAGGCCAAAAACCUGUUUCCCAACACGCAUCUGAUCGUAGGAGUCUGCAGCGAUGAACUCACCCACCAGUUUAAAGGCUACACGGUGAUGACAGAGGACGAGCGCUACGACGCCCUGAGGCACUGUCGCUACAUUGACGAGGUGGUGCGGGACGCUCCCUGGACCCUCACCACGGAGUUCCUCAAGAAACAUAAGAUUGACUUUGUGGCCCAUGAUGAUAUCCCUUACACCUCGGCUGGAUCAGACGAUGUUUACAAGCACAUAAAGGAAGCAGGAAUGUUCGUGGCCACUCAGAGGACAGAGGGCAUCUCCACAUCCGACCUGAUCACCCGCAUCGUCCGAGACUAUGACAUCUAUGUCCGGCGCAAUCUGCAAAGAGGCUACACGGCCCAAGAGCUCAACGUUGGAUUCAUUAAAGAGAAAAAGUACCGGCUCCAGAACCAGGUGGACAAGAUGAAGGAGACGGUCCGCACAGUGGAGGAGAAGUCCAAACACUUUGUCUACAGAAUGGAAGAGAAGAGCCAAGACCUGAUCACUAAGUGGGAAGAGAAGUCGAGAGAAUUCAUUGGCAACUUCCUGGAGCUCUUUGGACCUGACGGAGCCUGGCAUGCGAUUCAGGAGCGAAGUGGCCGCAUGCUCCAGGCCCUGUCGCCCUACUCUUCACCCCGCGGCUCGCCCAGCACCAGCCCCACCAGACACCCACAUUCUCCAGACCUCUCGCCAACCUCUGCCUCCCCCUCCAACGCCUCCCUCCCCCCUCCUACCCCCCCACGCACACGAAGAAAGGGGAAACGGAAGUCGACCUCCACAUACAGUAGACAUGGGCAAGGAGCUCACCUUUGUUAGUCUUCUCAUGAGAUUAUCCGGUCAUUGAUUUGGAACAUAAUACAUCUGAGCAGAUUAUUCAUAAAGUUAAUUUAUUACUGCCAUAUUCAAGUGCAAUACAUUACAAUGUACAUUAUGUUUCUUUACAGCAAAAAUGGGAAAAGAGGAUUAAAAAGAAAAUCAAAACAUU